AUGGUCCUGGAUUAUCCUUUGUAUCUGGCCUUGGGCUACUUGAUCCUGGUAACCUACAUCGCUCGGACUCUGUUCAUGAGCGUCCGCUUGCCGGGUGCGGUUGGAGUGCUGAUGGCCGGUUGGCUUUGGGGCGCCGCCUUGGCACAGCCGGACAUUCUUGCUGCGCGAGAUGAUCUCCAGGAGUUGGCAUUCUUCUUGGUUCUCCUCAUCUGCGGUUUCCACAUCAGCCUCAAGGACCUGUCCCUGCCGCUGCUGAUCAUGUCAGUUGUGCCGGUGUGCUUUGAGCUUGCGGGCGUGACGCUGUUUGGAGUAUACGUCUUUGACCAGCAGGUGGUGACGGCCCUCAUCAUGGCUACCUGCUUCUGCGCUGUCGGCGAUGGCCUCGUGAUUCCAAAAAUGAAGGAGUUCGGCACGACGAAUCCAGGGCAUCCUUUGCCUCGCUUGAUCUUCGCUUGGAUCCCUCUCGAGGACACUCUUGCCUUGACCCUCUUCGGCAUUUUGGCUGGAUUCGCCAAGGCCGAGGCAGAUGAAGAAGUGGCCAUCUGGCGCCUGAUCGUCGCAAAUAUCUUGCGCCUCGUGAUCACAGUGGCCCUCGGUGGGUUCAUCGGCUGGAUGAGCGCGAUCUUGAUCCCGCAGCGCACGAAGUUCUCCAUCAUGGGGCGCCAAGUGUUCACAGGUGCAACUGUGGAGGCGUUCCUUCUCAUCUUCGGAGUAUCUUUAAGCGCCUUUGGCAUCGGCUUCAACAAGGGUGGGCAUGACGGAGAGCCCUUCUUGCCCAUUGGCUUGGCUCCCGGAUCGAUGGUGCAACCUGAACUGCUCGUGAUUGUGCUCGGCAUUGCCUUUGGGGACCGCGUAGUUCCCGAGCUGCUGCAUGACAUCGAAGGUGUUUUAGGCGGAGUGUGGGUCUUUGGCCAACUGUUUCUCUUCGGCAUGCUUGGUAGCAAGACCUCCUUACAGCCGUUCGAGGAAUACGCUGGCGACGUCUUGCCCUGCAUGGUCGUUGGCUUCCUCUUCCGUGCCUGUGGCAUCGUCGUAGGCUUAUGCAUCACGCGCCGCAAGCGCGCCCCGGCAAUGGCUGACGAGUCGGGGUGCGAGGCCGUCUUCCAGGCGAAUCACCGCAGCCUCUUCUUCGAUGCGGGCUUCUGCUUCCUGGCCAUGCUUCCACGCGCCAGCAUCCAAGGCGUCCUCGCUGGCGAGCCACAUCGCCGUGGCUUCUUCUCGGACUGGGGAGAACGCGGGCAUCGCGCCAAUAUGAUGAUCAUGAAUGGCGGCCGCGUCUACAUCGUUGUCACCGCGAUCGUCGGCUGCAUCUUGUUGGAUUUGCUCGGUCCAAGGUUGCUCCAGGCUUCCAUGGCCCGUGCGAAGCUGCCCCAGGAGGUUCUCGAGGAGGAGUCGCGCAUGUUUCGGGAGGGGUGGAAGGCGCGGGUCCGCCGCUGGCGGGAGCGUACCGGCAAGAGUUGGGAUGACCGGCUCGCAGACUUUGAACGGACGGAGGGCGUCACGCUGCCCCUAUCCUCUCGACGCGUCGGCAGCGCCUGCUGCUACAAGAAGGCGCCCAAGACGGAGCUCGGGCAAGAAGCGGCUCUGGUGAGGAUCAUCGGAAGGAGCUCCGCGUGGGGCGCUCGAGAGGUUGAUCCAGCAAGCCGGACGCGCCAGAAAAACGGUAUGGCGGAUCUGGAGUGCUCUGCUGCUCUCUACUGCUGCGGCGCCCCUGUCGGUUCGGAGGCGCCCGGCGGCCGCGCGCUUGGAAACGCCAAGAAGCUGGUCUUCCAUUACCAUGACUACGAGCUCUCGAUCGGGUCGCCGGCAGCGGGCUUGCGCGGCGUGCUGCUCGACGGCAGGCCGCUCCCCGCCCUUUCAACAGCCUACGACACGCGCAUCGGCUCGCCGCCCGCGUCGCCUGAGGGGGACCCGCGUGGCGCGACGCUCGUCGGGAACGUGCUCAGCAGGCUGUACAGCGCAGUCUGA